AUGGAGCGUUUUCCAAGAAGCUCUCCAGACGCAGAAUCCCUGCUGCAGCUGGUCGACCUCCUGAAGCAGUCUGCCAACACCGUGAUCGAGGAAUGGAAGAAGGAAGACUUCACCAAGGGCAAAGGGGGCAGUCAGGAUACUCCGGCCGUUCUCCCCAGCCACAGGCUUCACCAAGCGCAGCGAACCAUCCUGGCCAUCACCGGCGCGCUGGUCGAGCUCGUCGCGGAGCCGUACAGCCGCAUCCAGGAAGUAGGCUGCCAGUAUUUCGAAUCCAGAGCGCUCUUCAUCGCCGCAGAGCGCAGGAUUCCGGACCUGCUGGCCGAGGCGGGCGAGAGCGGUUUGGAGAUCGAUCAGCUGGCCGCGAAGACUGGGAUCGAGGCAUCAAAGCUGGCUCGCAUCCUGCGCUGUCUCUGUUCGAUCCAUAUCUUCCGCGAAAUCGGGCCUGGUCGCUUUGCCAACAACCGCAUUUCCGCUGCCCUGGUCCACAACGAGCCCUUGCGUGCCUAUGUGCAGCUGUUCAACCUGGACAUCUACAACGCGUCGGACCAGCUCCCCAAGUAUCUGCUGAGUGACCAGGGCGCCUCCUAUGACGUCCGGGAGACCGCCUUUCAGCGGGCAGUGAAUACCACCAAGGCACGGUGGGACUGGCUGGCCGAGAGGGUUUCCCCGGCCCAAAUCCAGCCGCAGAACACGCCCUAUCCUGGCGUGCCAGAUGUGCACAACUGGAACCUGGUCCCCGGCGCAGACGGCUUGGUGGGCAGGCCCGAGCUGGAGAACUUCGGCCUGGCCAUGGUCGGGGGAGGAAAGGUGACGGGCACUGCGCACGCAUUCGACUAUCCCUGGGCCGACCUGGGAGAGGCCGUGGUGGUGGAUGUGGGCGGGAGAGUUGGAGGAUUUGCCCUUCAGCUUCUCCCCGUGUACCCCAAGCUACGCUUUAUCAUCCAGGACCGGGCCGAAGUCCUCGAGCAAGCCCAGCGCGACAUCUGGCCGCGAGAAGCCCCGGAGGCUGUCCGCGAUGGCCGCGUCACCUUCAUGGUCCAUGACUUCUUCAAGCCGAAUCCCGUCCAGGGCGCGGCGAUCUACUGGCUUCGGGGGAUUCUACACGACUGGUCCGACAGCUACUGCGUCCAGAUUCUCUCCGCGCUGCGAGAGGCCCUGUCUCCGUCGUCCAGGAUCCUGAUCUGCGACCAGGUCAUGAACACGACCUACGGCAGCCCUGACAUCCCCUCGGCGCCAUCCCCGUUGCCGGCGAAUUACGGGUAUUACGUCCGCUACUGCCAUCACCGCGAUCUCGGCCUGAUGUCCAUCAUCAACGGCAUCGAGCGGACCCCGGCCGAGUUCGAGGCGCUGGUCAAGCAGGCGGGACUGCGGAUCAUCCGGAUCUGGGAGUGUCGCAGUAUGGUUGGGAUUGUGGAGGUGGGGUUGUAG